AUGGAGCUACACAGCUUGCAAGAGGCGUUAAAAGUGGAAAUCCAAUGUCAUCAGAAACUAGUUGCACAGAUGAAGCAAGAUCCACAGAACGGGGAUCUUAAGAAACAAAUCCAUGAAAGGCAAUCAAGAAUAGCAGCUCUUAAUGAGAAACAAAAGCUGGCGGUGCGGAGCUGCCCCGCGACCGUGCUGGUGAGCAGCGGCGCCAGCGGCAGCGCCAAGCCCGGCAGCGUCCCAGCGCUCCUCAAGGCACCCGGCGGCGGGAGCGGCAGCGGCAGCCCCGGGCAGAGCCUGGCCAUCUCCGUCCUGCCAGCCAAGGCUCCCAUCGCGAUGGUGACGGCGCACCUCAACGGCGGGCUGGGCUGCAGCGCGGCCAGCGUGGAGCCCCCGCAGACCGCCCCCAUCAACCUGCAGACCACGGCCAAGCUGGUGGGCGCCCGCCGCCCGCCCGAGCUCGGCUCCAACGCCCAGACUUUGGGAACUAUCACUGCAGUGCCCAUUAAGGUUCCUCAGGUCAGCUCCUUGCAGAGGUUGGCAGGACAAGGACCAGCAGUGCUACCUCAGGUUAGGCCAAAGACCCUGAUUCCAGACAGCCUCCCUAUCUCACCGUGCAGAGACCAACCUUCCAAGCAGCCUCCUACCUUCCAGAAGGCAACUGUAGUCAGCAUCAAAAACCCCAGCCCUGCCCUUCCGACUGCCAAUAACACCGUCAGCCAUGUACAGACGCCUAACAGCCAGUCACAAAGUGUCACUGAGUCUACAGCUAUUUCAUCACCUCUGAGCAGUGCAGGUGUGGCGUACGCCAUCAUUUCCACCUCCCCCAACAAUGCAACUCCUAUCAGCACCAGCGCAACUGUCUCGGUGGUCAACGACAGCAUUAAAGUGCAACCACUCCUCAUUAGUGCCGACAACAAGGUUAUCAUUAUUCAGCCUCAAGUCCAAACCCAGACAGAAAGUAAAGUGGAGACAAAGAAACCUCCUGAAGAGUCAGCUCAGGGAUCCCCUGCCACCAAAAAGAAAAAGGAGGAAAAUCCAGAGAAAAUUGCUUUCAUGGUAGCAUUAGGACUGGUUACCACAGAACAUUUGGAAGAAAUCCAGAGCAAGCGUCAGGAAAGAAAGAGAAGAAGCACAGCAAAUCCAGCCUACAGCGGACUCUUGGAAACAGAGCGGAAACGCCUUGCAUCAAAUUAUUUGAAUAACCCCUUGUUCCUUUCAACAAGAGCAAAUGAGGAUCCAUUCUGGAAGAGUGAGAUCCACCACGAUGAACAUUGCACUGCUUGCAAGCGUGGUAUAAACUUGCAGCCCUGUGGCACAUGUCCCAGAGCAUAUCACCUCAAUUGCUUGGACCCUCCCCUCAAAACUGCCCCCAAGGGGGUCUGGGUCUGUCCAAAGUGCCAACAGAAGGUGUUAAAGAAAGACGACAAUGUACCAUGGACUGGAACUCUGGCUAUUGUUCACUCCUAUGUUACUCAUAAAACAGUCAAAGAAGAAGAGAAGCGGAAGUUAUUAAAGAGAAGCAGUGAGCUGAAGAGUGAGCAUAGACAGUUAGAAGAAAAAGAUCGACUUCUCAACAAUGCAGUGAAGAAAUGCUUAGAGCUAAAAACCAGCCUGUUGGCCCAGCAGAAAGGGACUCAGUCAUCACUGGAACGUCUCAAAACUCUCAUUAGACUGAUACAAAACGAGCAGAUGAUUCAGGUUACCAUGACAACCACCACCACCUCCUCCCUGCUAACUGUCCCCUGGAUCAAACCCUCCCCUGCCUCCGCUGCCAUGCACAAAGCCUUGCAGCAGUCACAGGGUAACAACUGA